GCAGGGACAGUGUAUAAUUUGUUUUACAUAAUCUCAGGAAGCACAACAGAACAUCGUCUUUUUGUGUGUUCGGUUUAGAAUACGUUUGAGAAGCAGAGGUUGUUGAUCUCAGAUGGCGACAUCAAAGGUAGCAGAGAAGAAGCCCAAAACGAAGAUCGUGUGCACGCUGGGCCCUGCAUCGAGGUCCGUGCCCAUGACCGAGAAACUUCUACGUGCCGGCAUGAACGUCGCUCGCUUCAACUUCUCUCAUGGCUCCCACGAAUACCAUCAAGAAACCCUCGAUAAUCUUAGAACCGCCAUGGAAAACACUGGUAUUCUCUGCGCCGUUAUGCUCGACACCAAGGGGCCCGAGAUUCGAACAGGAUUUCUCAAGGAUGGGAAGCCUAUCCAACUGAAACAAGGUCAGGAAAUAAUGAUUUCAACUGACUACAGUAUAAAGGGUGAUGUGAAUAUGAUUUGCAUGAGCUACAAAAAGUUGGCUGAGGAUGUGAAGCCUGGGAGUGUCAUACUCUGCUCAGAUGGCACCAUAUCAUUUACAGUUUUAUCAUGUGACAAACAAUUGGGUCUGGUUCGAUGUCGGUGUGAGAACUCUGCUGUUCUUGGUGAGAGGAAGAAUGUUAACCUGCCUGGAGUGAUAGUGGAUCUGCCAACUUUGACUGAAAAGGACAAGGAAGAUAUCUUGGCCUGGGGGGUUCCCAAUAAGAUUGACAUGAUUGCUCUUUCCUUUGUUCGGAAAGGUUCGGACCUGAUUGAAGUUCGGAAACUGCUGGGAAAACAUGCUAAGAGCAUUAUGCUCAUGUCAAAGGUUGAAAACCAAGAAGGAGUUGCAAAUUUUGAUGAUAUCCUUUUAAAUUCCGAUGCAUUUAUGGUGGCACGUGGUGACCUUGGAAUGGAAAUUCCCAUCGAGAAGAUAUUUCUUGCGCAGAAAGUGAUGAUUUACAAGUGCAAUAUCCAAGGAAAACCAGUUGUGACUGCAACCCAGAUGUUGGAGUCAAUGAUCAAAUCUCCCAGGCCAACCAGAGCUGAAGCAACCGAUGUUGCCAAUGCAGUGCUGGAUGGCACAGACUGUGUGAUGCUCAGUGGUGAAACAGCUGCUGGAGCUUAUCCAGAACUUGCUGUGCGAACGAUGGCUAAAAUAUGUAUCGAAGCAGAGAGCACCCUUGACUAUGGAGACGUGUUUAAAAGGAUGAUGGAGCACUCACCCGUACCCAUGAGCCCAUUGGAGAGUCUUGCUUCUUCUGCUGUUAGAACAGCCAACUCAGCUAAGGCUGCCCUUAUAUUGGUUCUAACCAGAGGAGGGAGCACUGCAAAAUUGGUGGCUAAAUAUAGGCCAGGCACGCCAAUUCUUUCUGUAGUUGUUCCUGAGAUUAAGACUGAUACCUUUGACUGGUCAUGCAGUGAUGAGGCCCCUGCCAGACAUAGCCUCAUAUUCCGUGGGUUGGUUCCGAUACUAAGUGCAGCUUCUGCUAGAGCUUCUCAUGCUGAAACAACUGAAGAAGCAAUUGAAUUUGCCAUGCAACAUGCCAAGGCAAAGGGUCUCUGCAAUAUUGGCGAUUCCAUUGUGGCCCUGCAUCGUGUGGGCACGGCGUCGGUCAUCAAAAUAUUGACUGUGAAAUGAUCACACUUUAAAAGGAGUUCUUCAGCUGUUUGUGGAGAAUUAUUUAGAUGGUAUGAUGCAAACUUCUAUCAAAAGCAUUUAUUAGGGUGAUUCUCCUGUUUUCCAAUUAUCACACAUCACUGUUUCUUUGUUAUAUUUGCCUUAUUAUUGUGGUGAGUGGCCACCAGUUUUCAUUUGUUAAGAUUUUGAUAAGGCUUUUGAUGAACCAAAAAGACUGGCUGAAAUAUGAAUUUUGAAUUUUGCACGAUC